AACCUCAAAUGUUUUGGUUCACUAAAACUGAAAUAACUUUUUGAUUUUUACAUAACAUAACUUUUGUAGAUAUAAAAAAUGACUUCAUUUUUAUCAAGAAUUGCUUUAACCGUCAUUCGGAAUACUGCUAAUAAAAUCUAUAUGUGUAAUUCGAUGCCGGAACUUUUGCCAACGAUAAAUAAGUUAUUGUCUAAGAAUAAUGAUUUAUUUUGUACGUUACCAAGAUUAUCAGUCAGAAACUAUUCAGUGGAUGCAAUUCAACCACCUUUAGCGUUAGAUAAUGCGAGUUUACCGUUGAAAAAGAAGAUAGUUUAUAAGAAAGCCUUACUUGAAGAAGUCUGCCAAAAAGAAGGACAUUUCUUGACAUUGGCCUAUGCGACAGCUAAUUCCUACGAUCUGAAGGGUCUCAAAGAGGCUCUGAUACAACAGAAGCUGUACGAACCUGGAACGUUAAAAGCACAAGAAGUAGGAGAUGUGAUGGUGGCAAAUGCAGUUUACACAAUAGGAGAUGAACCAAGACAGAUCAUAUUUUUCAAAGAGGGAGCUGUCGUCUUCUGGAAUUGUACAGAACUGGAGGCCACAAAUGUCUUGGAUUUCAUCAAACCAUUUGAAAUAGAAAGCUACCCCAGAGAGGUGGUCAAUAAGGAAAGGGAAGUUAUGACAUAUUUCUAUCAGCCAAACCUAAAGAAGUGCCACCUGCAGGAAUCAUGUUUUGCUUUAGUGCCGAAUGGGGAGAAUUCUUUGGAAAAAUAUACAUUCAGUCACGCAAUGGCGCAGUCAGCUCGGCUCGGCGCGUGGGAGGCGCGGCUGGAAACGCUAGCCGCCUCCAUCCGGUCGCACACCGUGCUCAUGGAGACCGAGGGCGCGGCCCGAGUGGACAAGAAGGAGGUAGUCCGCAAACUAGGCGAGCUAUUCUCUCUCAGGCACCGUCUCACCGUAGAAUCAGACCUCCUGGACACCCCGGACUUCUAUUGGGAGGAGGAAACUCUGGAACGUCUCUACUCCUACACAGUGGCAUAUUUCACAAUUCCCAGACGGACGAGGGUGCUGAACGAGCGCCUCUCGCACUGCGUCGAGCUGCUGGAGCUGCUCUCGUCGUGGGCGGCCGACCGCGACACGGGUCACUAUUAUGAUGAUUCAGGCCAUAAUCCACCUCAAUCAGUUCCCUAA